ACAGGAGAAGAAGAUGAAACAGAAGUUCAUAAGCAGAGGAGCGUGCUGUACAGGUUUGAUGACAAUCAGUGGAAAGAGCGAGGAGUUGGUGAUAUGAAAAUACUCAAAAAUAAAACCAACGGUCGUGUCUACCGUUUGUUGUUUAGAAGAGAUCAAAUUCACAAAGUCGUCUGCAACCACCUGCUCACGCCGGACAUAAAACUAAAGCCAAUGCAAACGUCAGAGAAAGCCUGGUGUUGGUUUGCCAAUGAUUUUUCUGACGGAGAAGUUAAAAUGGAGCAUUUUGCUAUCAGAUUCAAGACAGCAGAUGUAGCGAGAGAGUUCAAAGAAGUUGUUGAAAAUUGUCAAAAAGGUUUAUUUUACUUUAUAAUUUGUUUAAUUGAACAGUUAAACAGCAAAACCUGGUUGUAG